AUGUCUUCACAUAUGACGGUCGAUGAAGUCCCAGUGGUCGCGGAGGGACACGAACCCGGCUCCCGUUGGAUUAUGACGGACAGCGAGCGCGAUAGCGUUGCCAAGAUUCUCGAUAUUGACGAAGCCGAUGCCGCCAAAAUGACAGCCCACAAUAUGACUAGGGAAAGGAUGACCUGCACGUCCUGCGGAAAGCGCAGUGGCGUCGAUGACUUGGUCCACUCCGCGCAUGCGAUUGGAAUUCAUAGCAAGGAAUUUAUGGUUGAUGUCUUGUUCAAUGGUCCACACGGCCAAAACCCUGCUCAUGCUUUUGAUUGCUCAAAAUGUGGAACUACUUUUGAGGGUGUUGCAGCUUGGCUUGCCUGGCCUCCAUGGCCAAAUUAA